CUUCUAUAUCUUUCAUCCCUGUUUCUUAUAUUUUGUGUUUUGUUUUUUAUUCUUGUUCGUUUUUUUAUUUUUAUUGGUGCUGCUACUGUCACGACAAAUUUCCCCUUGGGGAUUAAUAAAGUAUAUAACUAUCUAUCCAUCUACAACAUCUACUACAGUAGUGAUUCCUCAACUAUAACCAGGAUGACCAUCACUGCAGUCGCCCUCAAAAUCAAUACCAAAACCCUUUAAUGGCCGAAACCACAAUAAAAUACUUAUUGUAACAGUAAUCAGUGAGAUUUCUUUCUGGAUCUCAGCUGUUGAAACUAUUAAGGACCGUCUUCACACCCGAGCGAGUCAGUGGGCAGUCACUGUCCCGGGCAGAAGGGAAUUCAGUUUCAAAGGCUGGACAGGAAAUGUGCUCACUGCGGCGGACAAACGGACGAGCGCCCCACAUACAGUACGCGAGCAGGAAGCCAGGCUCCAGAACACACCAUUAUCAGAUCUACCGUUGCGCCGAAGAGAUGCAAAACAGCAAAUUUCACCGGUGGAGAACUCCUACAUUUACUGGAAAGAAGCAACAGCGAGCGCGGUGAAGACGAGAAAGCGUCACCUCUCUGGGAUACAGACGCCAGAGGAAUGGCCAACCUUGUGCCAGGACUUCUCAUUUGUUUAAUGGCCGUGCGAACCAGUCAGCAUGACGGAAAUAGAACCCGGACCCGACUUAUUAUUCCAUCUGUUGCGAUACCAAAAACCUUCAAGGGGACGACGUACAAACUUAACCACACCAACCAGCUGCCGGCCCUCCAUCCCAGCACACACCCUCGGCUGGACGUGAGCUUGGAGGACCCCGUGAUGGGCUUCACCAGAGGGGUCCUCAGCACCCGGGUCAUUCCGUCAUCAUACAUCCUGGCCAUGCUGGUGGGCAUCCCCUCCAACGCCUACAUUCUGACCUUCCUCAGACUCAGAGCGAAGCCCUCGUCCACGUUGGUCCUGUACCUGAACCUGGCCCUGUCCGACCUGCUGCUGCUGCUGUCCCUGGCGCUGCGUGUUCACUACCACUUCAACGGGAACAACUGGAUAUUUGGGGAAAUCUCCUGCCGGCUCAUCACGGCCUUGUUCUACGGUAACGUUUACAGUUCGGCACAAACCAUCGCGUGCAUCAGUCUGAAGCGCUACCUGGCUGUGGUGCGGCCGUUUCUGUACAGGCGGCUGGCUAAGACCACCAUGGCGGUGUGGACGUGCUUGGUGGUGUGGUUCCUGUUCGGCGCUGCGAUUGUGCCCGAGCUCCUGGUCAGGCAGAGCUACCACGUCGUCCAGCUGGGGGUAACCACCUGCCACGAUGUACUUCCCCUCGAGGAAAAGUCACACUCCUUGCUGGUACCGUACAGGCUGAUGCUCGUUUGUCUCGGUUUCAUCGUGCCCUUUCUGAUUUGCAUCUACGCCCACGUGGCCGUGGUGUACCACCUCGGGCAAUCUCGUUGCGACUGGAAGCCGUUCAUCAGGGUCAGCACUCUAGUUUUCGUCAUCUUCGUGGUGUGUUUCUUGCCUGGCGGCGUCCUGCAUAUCGCCCACUACGUCCGCCUGUCUACCAGCGGGGACGACACGCUGUACGGAUACUACAGAGUGGCGGUGUGUCUCUGCUGCUUCCACAGUUGUCUGGAUCCCUUCCUGUGUAUGCUCAUUUCCAAGACGGGAGCCUCGGAACUACAGUUCAUCUCCCUCCGCGGGAUUCCUCAGAGGCCUCCGUGAGCACAGAAAAAGCUUCUCCUUGCGAGACCAUUGUUGGGAACCAGCAGGGAAGGGCAAUUCAAUUCAAUUCAGUUUAUUUGUAUAGCCCAAUUUCACAAAUUACUAAUUUGUCUCGGAGUGCUUUACAAUCUGUACACAUAGACAUCCCUGUCCCAAAACCUCACAUCGGAUCAGGAAAAACUCCCAAAUAACCCUUCAGGGGGAAAAAAAGGGAAGAAACCUUCAGGAGAGAACAGAGGAGGAUCCCUCUCCAGGAUGGACAGAACAAUAGAUGUAAUGUGACCAGAAGGACAGAUUAGAGUUAACAACCCAGGAACCAAGAUGCUCGAGUCAAGACCCUGAAUUCAACAGCGCGAUACUGUAAUCUCUGUUUCAGGAAUAUUAGGAUCAGGAAGGGAACAUUUCCACUGUGAAUCCAAUACAGGCCUAUUGUGUCAACCCAGCAACAUGUCAAAUUGGGUGCUUGAUGACACACAACUGGCAACAAUAAUCUUUUCUCUUUGCCAUGUUAAAAGAUCAACAUUUAGCUAUUCACAUGCAUAAUGAUGCAGAGAUGAAAAUUGGAGCCAUGUCAGGGAUGAAAGGGUGCUGUGCAGCUCCGGUUUAUCAGCCAUAAAGGCUUUUUUAAAAAAUAUGUUUCACUUUGAGGAUACAGGAGGAGGAACAACACCUUCUUUUUCAAUGAAUGCUAUAUGCAUUAACCAAAGAAUGGUCA